AAUUGUUAAAUGAAAUCUCGGAAUUAAUUACCUCAGCCUUGAGUUGAUUUCAACCGAAUUAUGAUGGAGAAAAAAGAUCCUAACCAAUUUCGUCGUACGUGGGACAAAGAGAAGUAUGAGAAGCGCGCGAAAGAAAGAGCGUUUCAAGAAGACGAAGACAAAUUCGUUAGAAGACCUGAAGCAGGAAAAAGGGAAUUGUUGAAACCAAGAGAAUAUGAUGUUGAUCUUGAUUCAAGCGUGGGGAAGUCGAUAGUAGUCAAUAAAACAACACCUUCAGCUCAAGCCGGAGGUUUCUACUGUAAUGUGUGUGACUGUGUGGUGAAGGAUUCAAUAAACUUUCUGGAUCACAUCAAUGGAAGAAAACAUCAGAGAAACAUGGGCAUGUCAAUGAAGGUUGAACGUUCGACUGUUGAGCAAGUAAGGGCACGCUUUGAGAUGCACAAAAGAAAGUCUCAAGAGAAAAAAGAAGUCAGAGAAUACGAUAUCGAAGCAGUAGCAAGUGCCAGAAGAGAAGAAGAGGAACAUCAAAGAUCAGAUCGCCGUGAAAGACGUAAAGAAAGAAAACGACGAAGACGAGAAGAUGAAGAUGAUGAAGACCUUGGUGGACUAGAUCCUGCAAUGGUAUCUGUGAUGGGAUUUGAUGGUUUCAGUACUAAAACAAAAGCAAAGUAGGUGACAAAAUAAUACAAUAGGCUAUGCACACAGUAAGUUAGAACAUGACGUCCGUGUCCAAGCUUUGUGGGCUUCUUGUGAUCUAUGAGUGCAUUACUGGAGAAAAAAGCUGAUAACAUUCAUUGUACUUUUCAAAUAGAGAAU